AUGCUGAAAAGAGUUUUUCUUUUGCGAAAGGAAAUACACGAAUUUCUACGUGACGUAAAACCAGAAAUGCAUAAAAACUUUUCUGAUGAUCGCUUUUUGAUGUUCCUGUCGUUUUUGGUCGACAUUUUUGAAUCUGUUAACUCUGUCAACCUGGCACUGCAAGGCAAAGAAGUAAACGUGAUCCACUGCCAUGAAAAGUUGACGGCUUUUAAUAUGAAGCUCUCACUGUGGCAUUCUAAAUUAGACAAAAAAACACUUGCUCCUUUUCCACAUCUCAAUGGAUAUUUGGAUGAGAAUGAACUUCAAAUAAGCGACGAUAUAAUCGAAGUUAUGAAGUCCCACGUUUCAAUUCUCAGUGAAGAAAUUACACAUUAUUUUCCGGAUUUACAGGACUUUGAAUAA